AUGGACCGCAGUAUGUUUUCUGGUCAGGCUGCUCUGAAUUACAGCUUCAACCUGAGCGAUGACCAGGAGCUGGUGGACCCGCCGGCGGCCAGAGGGACCCUCUCCCCGACGGGCUUCGUGGUGCUCAGCGUCGUGUUGGGCUUCAUCAUGACUUUUGGCUUCCUCAACAACUUCGUCGUGUUGCUCCUGUUCUGCAAAUUCAAGAAGCUGCGGACACCGGUCAACAUGCUGCUGCUCAACAUCAGUGUCAGUGACAUGCUGGUGUGCGUAUUCGGCACCACUCUCAGCUUCGCCUCCAGUAUUCGUGGAAAGUGGCUGCUGGGGCGCAGCGGCUGCAGCUGGUACGGCUUCAUCAACUCCUGCUUUGGUAUCGUGUCGCUGAUCUCUCUGGUGAUCCUCUCGUACGACCGCUAUAGCACUCUGACAGUUUACAACAAGCGUGGGCCCAGCUACCGCAAGCCCCUUCUGGCUGUCGGGGGCUCUUGGCUUUACUCUUUGUUCUGGACAGUGCCCCCUCUACUGGGCUGGAGCAGCUAUGGCAUUGAGGGGGCAGGGACGAGCUGCUCCGUAUCCUGGACGGCUCAGACGACCGAGUCGCACGCCUACAUCAUCUGUCUGUUCACCUUCUGCUUGGGUCUGCCUGUCCUGGUGAUGAUCUACUGCUAUGGUAGGCUGCUCUGGGCAGUCAAACAGGUAGAGAGACAGUAACAGUGUGUCCGAAAGACAGCGGCCCGGAGGCGAGAGUACCACAUACUGUUUAUGGUUCUGACCACGGCCGCCUGCUACAUGCUGUGCUGGAUGCCUUACGGAGUCGUGGCCAUGAUGGCGACAUUCGGCCCACCCAACAUCAUCAGUCCUGUGGCCAGCGUGGUGCCUUCACUACUGGCCAAGAGCAGCACGGUCAUCAACCCCCUCAUUUAUAUACUUAUGAAUAAACAGGUGAGUCGAUAA